GUAGUUUUGCAAAAGGCAUUCAAUGUAAGAGAUAUACAAUGUACCUAUUCAAAACGAAGACUUGCGUUAAACUACAAAAUUUCAUACUCAAACAUAAAAUAGUAUUACUUCCAUUUUUAUGUGUCUCGGCUGUGCUAAUAAUUCUGUUAUCUUCGGACACGAAGAAUUCUCAAUCGUAUCCUACACAACUCACACCGAAUGAAGUCGAACCAUUGGCUUACACAUGCUGCACUCCGUUAAACAAUUCAUUUCGUACAAACAUAUUCUUCGUAAAAGUCCACAAAACAGGUAGUACAACGGUAGAAAAAGUAUUAAUACGAUUCGCUUUGAUGAAUUCGCUCGAUGUAAUGAACAUUGCUUACCACAUGUACCACUUUCCGUUCUCUGAUUGGUCCAUAUACUCUCAUACGAAGACACCAAACAGCAAAUACCACAUCUUGGCACAUCACGUAAGGUACACUCCUGCAAUAAAAUCAUAUCAAUACCCCGAUACACCGACGGUGACACUAUUGAGACACCCUGUAACUCAAUUUCAAUCCAUGUACGAUUUCUUCGCAUUGAACCAGACGACAGGUAUGAGUUUACAACAGUUUUUAAACGCGCCGAAGAAACCGCCAUUUUUGAUUGGACUGGAUAGUUUUUUAGCAUACAGAGGAUACAAUCAGAUGAGCGUCGAUUUGGGGUUCGACCCGAUCCAAAGUAAGAAUAAAAUCGCUAUUGACGAAUUCAUCGAGAAACUAGAUCGUGAAUUCGAUUUCGUCAUGAUAAUGGAGCAUAUGGAAGAGUCGAUGAUUUUACUCGCCAAUCUAAUGGGAUGGCCUUUAGAGAAGGUGGCUUAUUUGAAAAUAAACGCGAGACUACCCGGAUCGGAUACUUACAAAUUGACUUCACGAGACGAAUUCACCAUCAUGGAUCUGAAUGAGGUAGACACGAUGCUUUAUCAUCACUUCAUCAGUAAAUUCCGAAAAUGCGUACUACAAUACGGCGAACAAAGGAUGAAUGAUCAAAUUCGACGAUUGAAAAAGAUUAACGAAGAAUUCGCGAGAAGAUGUAUAACAGAAGAUUCAAAAAGCGGUAUCUGGUUCGGUGUUCCGAAAACCUUGGAAUACAAGCCUAAGAACUCAUCAGACCUAGAAUGCGUUUACACAAUUACACCAGAAAUUGAAUUGGAAGACAUAGUGAGGAAUGUACAGUCCCAAAGACUUCAGAGCCAAAAAAAGUAGAUUUCAACUUUCAUGUUCGGUUUGCAGAUGUUACAAAAAUAAUCACUGUACCCUCAAAGAUAGGUUGAUAGUUUUUCAAAAAUUCAAUUUUCAAUGCAAGUUUAGAGUACUGAAACUGGUUUUCGGGCACAGGGUGUCUAAAAAGGAGAACCUUGGAAAAAUAAGGUGAUCUCUCCACCCAAAAGAGUUGAAGUUUCAAAAAAAAAAAAAUACUCGAGAAAUGCAUUCUUUCAUUUUCAAUUUCAGCUAUUCUCACGUCCAAAAAAUUUUAAAAAAUGGCAUUUUUAUGACCCAAUGUUGAUUAAAAAUGACGAUUUUGAAAGUAUAGAACUGAAGAAAGAAACACUUCUUCCUAGCUUUUUUGAAAAAGAAAGGCCAUCGAGCAGAAAAAACGUACUUUACCUGACUGGAAGAAGCUGUUGGGU